UAAUAUAUUCAAGAUGGGGACCCAAGUUUUGUAUCUCAAACGACAAACAUCGCAAAAAAGUUCAUUUUAGGAGUGUUUUAAGAUCAUUUACGAAUUACAACAUCAGAUAAGAAAGUUUUUUCUGCAAUAAUUCAUGAAUCUAAAGCUAUGGAAAACACAAAGGACAAUAAUGGUAUAGUUUGGGAGAGUUCAAAUAUGGUUAAACAGGAAUUGAGUGAUGAAAUCAUAACAUUUAUGGACAUUAAAUCAGAUGAAAUAUCAGCUAUUUCAAGUUCAGAAGGAGUACAAACAAAUAUAUCAACACUCUUUUCAAAUUCUGAAGAUAUAAAGCAAAAUGUAUCAACACAAUUUUCAACUGUUAAAGACAAAUACUUGGAGGAAACAAUGCAACCUUUAGCUUUAGAAGAUAAAAAUCUUGAUAAAACUAAGCCUUUGUUUAAUUUAGAAGAGAUGAAACAAGAUAACCCAACAUCAUUUUCAUCUUCUGAAGACAUGAAACCAAAUCUAUCAACAGCAUUUUCAAUUUUUGAAGAUAUAAAACCUGAGAUAUUAACAAUUUCAUCUUUGGAAAGGGAACAACAAAAUGGUUUCAAAGCACAGCAACAACUUUCUUCCCCACCAGAUUCAACUGAUUUUAAAGAAAAUUUAGCAGUUUUAAAAUCAAAUCUUCAGAAUGAAUUAAAAGAACUCAAGUUAUUGCAUACAAAGUUGAUUGAUAAUCUCCCAACAGAAUAUCUGAUUAGCAAUAAGGGACUGAAGACAUACAAUUGUGAUAUGUGUUGUCAAAGAUUUUUCCAUUUUGAUCAUGUUAAACAACACAUAAACAUUCACACAAGGGUGAAUCCAUAUGGUCAUGAUUUUCAUCAGCAAGAAGUUGUUAAGAUCAGUCAUGUUGAACAAAUUAACAAAAUAAACCUAGAACAGGUAUACAACAAGUCUAGUUUGUCUAAAAAGUUCACUACAAAGUCUAGUUUAUCCACACACACAAAUAUUCAUUCUGGAAUUAAUAAGCCAUAUGAAUGCUAUGUGUGUCAUAAAAAAUAUCAUAUUAAAAAUCAUUUAGCAAACCAUAUAAAGAUACAUUUAGGAGAAAGACCAUAUGAAUGUGAUGUGUGCCAUAAAAAAUUUAGUCAGAAAGGUCAUUUAUCAGAACAUACAAAUAUUCAUUUGCCAGAGAGACCAUAUGAAUGUGAUGUGUGUCACAAAAAAUUUAAUCAUAAAAGUGAUUUAUCAAAACAUAAAAGUAUUCAUUUACCUGAGAGACCAUAUUAUGAAUGUGAUGUGUGUCAUAAAAAAUUUAGUCGAAAAAGUACUCUAUCUACACAUAAAAAUAUACAUUUACCAGAGAGACCACAUAAAUGUGAUGUUUGUUAUAUAAGUUUUGCCCUUAAAUCUAGAUUAUCUAGACAUAAAAAUAUUCAUUUACCAGAAAGACCAUAUGAAUGUGAUGUGUGCCAUAAAAAAUUUAGUCAGAAAGGUCAUUUAUCAGAACAUAAAAAUAUUCAUUUACCAGAGAGACCAUAUGAAUGUGAUGUGUGUCACAAAAAAUUUAAUCAUCAAAGUCAUUUAUCUAGACAUAAAAAUAUUCAUUUACCUGAGAGACCAUAUUAUGAAUGUGAUGUGUGUUAUAAAAAAUUUAGUCGAAAAAGUACUCUAUCUACACAUAAAAAUAUACAUUUACCAGAGAGACUAUAUGAAUGUUAUGUGUGUUAUAAAAAAUUUAAUCAUAAAGGUGAUUUAUUAGAGCAUAAAAAUAUUCAUAUACCAGAGAGACCAUAUAAAUUUGACAUUUAUCACAAACGUUUCCUCUAAAUCUAGUUUAUCUAUGCACACAAAUUUUUACUCAGGAUUGAAUGUGUUGUUGGUCAUUAAAUUCUCUUUCACAAAGAUCUUUAAUUAUCUAUAUAUAAAAUUAUUACUUUUUUUUACUAAUACCACAUUUUGUAGGCUGAAAACACACCAUUAAUGUUUGUCAUACAAGAUAUACUACUCUUCAUAGUAUUAGUUGUCAUACAAAGUAUUACUAAUGAUUAAUAUGCUAUCUAGACAUUUCACACAAUGGAAAGAAAACUACAUGGAAAGAAUGGAUGUCAUGAAUCUCCAUAGCACAUUUAUUAUCUUGUACAAGGUGUUAUGGCUAGCAUUAUUUCGUUUUUUUUUGGAAAUAUGAUGGCUAAAUUCUUAUCCUUUAUAUUACCCAUAUAACAACACUAACCACUAAUAAACAGCAACAUUUUAAAUGUACAAUUAUAAUGUGACUCAUUGAAGUAAUAUUAACUCUAUAUUUUUCUUUAUUGAAUAUAUUCCAUUUUAUGUAAUUCAAAAUUUUGUAUAAAUAAUUAUAUAACCCAUUAAGUAAAUCAUAAUUAUGAUAAUUGAAUU